GCGACACAUUCCCUUCAUUGCAAUUUUCAACCUUCAAGUUUCUUCUUGUGAGUUUCUUUCUCUUCCAGUGCGCACGACAUACCUACCUCUACAUUCUGGGUCGUUGGGGCGCUUCUGUAGGUACCUCUACACUACUGUAGCUCUCAGACCACUGCGCCUCCGGCUAUUUCGAACAAUACCACCACACUCCACAAAACCAACCUCAACCAACCUCCAACAACUUCAUGAGGCUCCUCUACCUUGCUCUCUACACAGUCAAAAUGACAGUACCAGCCACAAUAUUGCUUCUUGCUCGGCCUUUUGACGGACAUAGAGUGUAGUCUUUGGCUCAGCUGCAACUUUGAAUCUUCAAAAGGGAAGGAGACAAACAGAUCAGAAGAAUGGCGAUAACGAAGUUCAAAUAUAUAUACUCUCAAAGUCCUACGAAAAGAAGAUGAUACUUGUCCCUUACCCCAAAUCCAUCACCGCAUCUUUAGUGUAGUGUAGUAAAGUGUCAUCACGCUAGCACCCAACCUGUCCCCAAAACCGCCGCCAACAUGGUCUCCCUCAAGCUCACCACCACCAUCAUUGCCACGAUGCUCGCGACCCUCACCGUCGCCGCCCCAUUCCCAGGCCCAGACCCAGACCCAGCUCCGGCGGCCCCGGUCUCCUCCUCCACCUCCACCUCCACUUCCAUCAUCUCCACAUCCACGGCAACCAAGCCCUUCAGCUUCUCCAAAUGGGUAGACGACAUCCUCAACCCCAACGUCGUCGCCCUCACCCCAGAGCAGGCCCUCGAAGCCUACUACCAGAGCAUCAACGGCACCACUACUGAAAACAACCUGUCCAAAAGGGCUGGCGCAACCUGCGAACCCAGCAACUCCAAGCGCAUGCCUGUCGCCGACGCCGUUUACAUCGUCAACAAGAUGGCCGCGGGCGGGCAGAAGCCCGUUCACAUGCCGCCGCCCUUUUGCUCGGAAUCCAUCUGCCGCAGCACGAGCGGGAGGUCGGCAAUGGUUGGGCAGAAGGAUUGUAAUUUGUAUGUGGAGGAGCCGUCGGAGUAUUGGGCGAGGGCGGGGGGUUUGAUUAUGGACGCCUGCACUUGGGGUGACAUGAGCGGUGGUAAGAUCAUCAUGCCUGCGAAUUCGUACAUUACUGUGUUGCUGUGGGGUCAAGGGCACUGAUGAAGGUUAAAAUGGGUUGAGAUGACUGUCAUGGGCAAUGGUUUAUGUGGUGGCUUCUGUGUGUUGAAGAAAAAGAAUGUCAUGAUUUCUCAGGUUUUGUGUUUCUAGGGGGUGGGUUUUGUCUUUUUUGCUCUGUCUAGACCAUGAACAUCAAAUGCCCUGUAGGGUCGGACAACCUGAACCCCGGGUGAUGUUCGUGGGCGCGUGUCGGAAAAGAUUGUCCAGAAGAAUGGACCAUAUGAACUUGGGGAAAACUGGAAACCGCGAUCAGACCGACCACGAAGGAUUGAUAUAAAAGUUUGUUGCUAUUUUCAAUCAACACCCGCGUACAUUCUGCCAAACGUGACUGGCAAAUCUCCAAUUCAAUGUGAUGAACUUUGUGAAAGCCGG